ACCCGCUAGAAGUUCGCCGCAGAGGAUGAGGGCGGCGAUCACGUCCAUCGCGUCUCGUGGCGCGAAACCGGCCAAUAAAUGCUGUUUGGAGGCCCACGUGAGUGGGGCUGUGGGAGGAAGAAAGGCUAGCGGGCGUUGGCCAUAUGUGGGUGUCCUGAGGCAGUUUUUCAGUUCUUUCAUUUACCAAAGUGACAUGCACCUACUAGGUGCCAGGUGUUUAGACGUACCCUCUGCAAAAUCAGUGUAGUCCUCUGUACGUAAAGUUUCCAACCAAGAAUUGCCACUGCACCUGAGAUAAGGGGGAUCCUGGCCAUUAAGGAAACCUUGCCUUCGAAACUGAGCCGUGAGGAACUAUACAAAAUGGGAAAUUGGGACAAAUCCCAGUGGCUCAUGACACUAAGUAAAAUUACGAACUCACUGAGCUGGAAGUCAUUCAACGGGAAUUGAAUAGGUAACUGCACUUUUGUGAGUUUAUAAAUAUACCACGGAGGGUAACGAAGCUACAGAAGAAUGGAAGAAGACAGCCUGGAAGACUCAAACCUUCCUCCGCAAGUUUGGCAUUCCGAGAUGACGGUGUCAGUGACAGGCGAACCACCGAGUGCCGUAGAAGAAGAAGGAACACCUAAAGAGACGGACGUAGAAAUCAUCCCAGAAAUCCCAGAAAUCCUAGAGCCACUGUCCCUUCCAGAUGUGCUGAGGAUCUCGGCAGUUCUGGAGGACACCACAGACCAGCUCUCUAUUCUGAACUACAUCAUGCCUGUUCAGUACGAAGGGAGACAGAGCACCUGCGUGAAAAGCAGAGAAAUGAAUCUAGAAGGAACGAAUCUAGACAAACUUCCAAUGGCCUCAACAAUCACAAAAAUACCCAGUCCAUUAAUAACUGAGGAAGGACCCAACUUGCCAGAAAUCAGACACAGAGGCCGGUUUGCUGUGGAGUUUAACAAAAUGCAGGAUCUUAUCUUCAAAAAACCUACAAGGCAGACCAUCAUGACUACGGAGACACUGAAGAAAAUUCAGAUUGAUAGGCAGUUUUUCAGCGAUGUGAUUGCAGAUACCAUUAAGGAGUUGCAAGAUUCGGCCACUUACAACAGUCUCCUGCAAGCUUUGAGCAAAGAGAGGGAAAACAAAAUGCAUUUCUAUGACGUCAUCGCCAGGGAGGAAAAAGGAAGAAAACAGAUAAUAUCACUUCAAAAACAGCUAAUUAAUGUCAAAAAGGAAUGGCAAUUUGAAGUCCAGAGUCAGAAUGAGUAUAUUGCUAACCUCAAGGACCAACUGCAAGAGAUGAAGGCAAAAUCCAACUUGGAGAAUCGCUACAUGAAAACCAAUACCGAGCUGCAGAUUGCCCAGACCCAGAAAAAGUGUAACAGAACAGAGGAACUCUUGCUGGAAGAGAUUGAGAAACUAAGGAUGAAAACCGAAGAAGAGGCCCGGAUUCAUACGGAGAUUGAAAUGUUCCUUAGAAAGGAGCAGCAGAAACUUGAGGAGAGGCUAGAGUUCUGGAUGGAGAAAUAUGAUAAGGACACAGAAAUGAAACAGAAUGAACUAAAUGCUCUCAAAGCCGCAAAGGCCAGUGACUUAGCACACCUUCAAGACCUGGCAAAGAUGAUAAGAGAGUAUGAACAGGUCAUCAUUGAAGAUCGUAUAGAAAAGGAGAGGAGCAAGAAGAAGGUAGAACAGGAUCUCUUGGAAUUAAAGAGUGUUAUAAAGCUCCAGGCCUGGUGGCGAGGCACUAUGAUACGGAGAGAAAUUGGUGGUUUCAGGAUGCCCAAAGACAAAGUUGAUAGCAAGGAUUCAAAAGGCAAAGGUAAAGGCAAGGAUAAGAGGAGAGGCAAGAAGAAGUGACCAAGUUCUCUUCUGUGUUUUCCGCUGGUAUUCUGGAGGGGGAAGGACUUGGAGAGAGUUAAGAAACACCUGGUACCUCAAAGAUGACUCAUCUACAGGUUGUUUCCUAUUGAGACUUUCCCAGGGAAGCCUGAUUUCACUCGGGCUGUUAAUUUCACUUGGCCUGUUAAUUUCACUCUGCCUGUUAGGUGGGUUUUCAAACCCUGAUUUAGGAUUAUACCAUUGACUUAGGGCUUCCUCAUACCUUUUUGGGAAGAAGUUUCUGGUAGUCCUGUGAAGAUUCAUUCUUCUUGCUCUUUCUCAGCAGAACAAAGGAGUUCAUUGGCUUAGUUACAGUGAUGCAUUAAAACUUCAGUAAUUCCUGUAAUGUCUGAUUCUGAUUUUACCCAAUUUGUCUGUAGUGAAAAAACUCUUAUGAGCAAAAGUAUUCAGUAGGAAUUAUAAUAUGAUGUUAUUAGCUGUCCAGCAUAAUAUAUACACAGCUAAGUUUUAAUAAAUGUUGGUUCCUGCCUGCCUUUUAGAUUUA